CUUGGCGUUGCCAUUGGUUUUUUGUUGCCUCCGAUGUUGGUGAAGAUUGAAACGAGCGUUGAGGAAACCACCAAGGAUCUGUACGUGAUGUUUAUAGCGAUGGCCAUAUUUACAACAGUGCUGCUAAUUCUUAUUUUGAUAUUUUUCAAAGACGGACCGCCAACUCCACCGUCAUUUGCCCAAGUUCAAACAACUCAAGAUGAUGGAGAGAGUGAAAGUUUCCUGAUUUCCGUAAAGAAGUUAAUGAUGAAUUCAUCUUACGUCCUCUUGCUGGCGGCUUACGGAAUCAAUGUAGGAGUAUUCUACGCAAUUUCGACUCUUCUCAGUCAAAUCAUUACACAGCAUUACGAGGGAGCUUUGGAGGACGCCGGUAGAAUAGGUCUAGUCAUUGUCUGUGCCGGAAUGGUCGGUUCGGUCGUAUGCGGCAUCGUUUUGGACAAGUUUCACAAAUUCAAAGAAACAACCUUAGUUGUCUAUGCAUUUUCUCUAGUUGGCAUGGUGAUUUUUACCUUCACUUUGGACAAAGGGAUUGCUGUUGUAUACGUUACAGCGGCUUUGUUAGGGUUCUUCAUGACUGGUUUGCUUCCGGUCGGGUUCGAAUUAGCAGCUGAAUUGACUUACCCGGAACCGGAAGGAACAUCUGCUGGAUUACUCAACGCCGGCUCGCAAUUGUUCGGCAUCAUAUUCACUAUUGUAUAUUCGGAAUUGUUUUACAGUCUUGGAGAUGUUUGGUCGAAUGUAGUUAUGUCCGCGAUGCUUCUUUUGGGAACUAUUUUGACUGCAUGCAUACACUCCGAUCUAAGGAGGCAGGCUGCUCAGAUGUCCGAGAAGAAAUAAGGGAAACGCUUAUUAUAUUGAUACCGUUCGAUGAGGAAGUUAGUUUUUUUUAGCUUAUCUACAAAAGGAAAAGAAAUAUGAUACAAAAGCAUUCUUCUAUUAUACUGGUAACGAAGAUAUGACUGUGAGUUUGACAAAUAAUAGAUUUAAGAUUAUUUUUAUUUUUAUUUAUUUGAUAAAAUAUAUGAUAUAUAUUAUAAAUAAGGAAAAAUUCAAUGUGCCAAGAAAUGACAAUACUUCGUACACUAUGGUUGAUAAAGUAAGAUAUAUAUAUAUAUAUACAAAAUAUUUAUAUGUCGAUGGAUUAAGUCAUAUUUUUAGCGUGAUUUAUUAAGCCCUUAUAUUUUGGGGAUUUAUACAUACAGUAUGUCAUCUUCUAUCAGACUUUGCAAUAUGAGUUAAUUAAUUUAAAUUUUUUGUUGGUACGUAAUU